GGAGAUGAUCAAUUUGAUGAUAUUUGGAGAUACGUUCCGAUUUGAUUAUUAGAGCCUCGGCUCAGUAUAAACUUUUCCCAAACAUAAAAGACUUGUUUCUUCAUUUUGAUAAAUAAAUUAUAUUUUUUCCUGAAUUUCUAAAGAAAGGGAGAAAAUGAUUAAAAUGCGGAUUUUCUCUCGAUAAAGCGGUCACGGAGCGACGCUUGAUCUCAGCUUUGGAUCUCUCUCUUCGCUCGUGUGCUUCUCUGCCUCUGUGAAAAGAUGGAGCAGACGUUCGUCAUGAUGAAGCCCGAUGGUGUUCAGAGAGGCCUCGUGUUUUUCAAAGAUAAUCUGAUUCUCAGAGGUCCUCUUUCUUGUUAUUAUAUGGGUUAUAGGUCUUGAGUUGGUCCAAUCUUCCUCAUCCCAAAUAGAUGAUGCAUGAGCAAUGCCAACCUUUACUGCAAUUGCUUUAGAUAGAUUGCUGGAGCAUAGCACUGAGAGUUCUUCAUCAAAACCGCCAGCUACUAAGCUGGAGAAGAAGAUAAUCCUGAAACCUCCCCGUAGUUACAUAUUGCCCACCCUUUAUGCAACCCCAGAGGCAACUCCUAUUCCUGAUUCCCCAUCUUCUUUUCCUCCUUCACCAUAUGUAAUAAACCAUAAAAGGCGAGGUCCUCGCCUUUCUAAGAGUUAUUUGCAAGGAGAUGGUCUAGAAAGUGCACAAUCCAAUGGGCAAGAGAAGAGGAAAGAAAAUGGUCAUGAAGCUAAAGAGGUUGUGGAAAUUGAUGUGAAUGCCUCUCAUAAGAAAAAUGCAAUUGGUGCAGAAAUCUUGGAUGAAACUUCUGUCUUGAAUGAUGUGGAUGAGGCUGGCGAUUUCUUACAGAUUAUUGGUGAGGAUGAUGGAACUAAAAAUGGCCAUGUUGGAGUUCAGGAUUCCUCAAGAACUUUAUGUGUUGAUGGGGAGAAAGAGGAUCGGGUUGUUGAUUGUGAGGACUUUUUCGACCCCCAAAACUCGAUUAGUGUUGCAAGCCAUAGUGAGCUGGAGGAAAAUUGUGGCUCGGGGUGUAUUUCGAAACAGACGCCAGUGGGUGAAUUCUUUGAUGCUUGUGAAGAACUCUCUAGUGAAGGGACAUCGGCGUCAUCACCAAAGAUUCCCAUCUCUGACAUUGAGAGCGAGCUAUGCAAUAUAAGACUGAGCCUUUUGUUGGAGAUCGAGAAGCGAAAACAGUUUGAAGAAGCUCUAGCUGACAUGCAAUCCAAGUGGCACAGGAUGCAACAACGGAUGUCUCUUGUUGGAUUAUCAUGUUCGACUUCCUCUUUGGCCACUUUGUCAUCAAGCGAAGAUGAUAGAAUUCAAACUGAGGCUAUUGAUGACCUGUGUAGACAAGUUAUGAUUGCACGAUUUGUGGCCAACUCUAUAGGGAGGGGUUGUGCAAGAGCUGAGGUCGACGAGGAGAUGGAGUCGAGAAUUGAUUCAAAGAACCUUGAGAUUGCUCGUUUGAGAGACAAGGUCCAAUAUUAUGAAGCCGUAAACCAUGAAAUGUCUCAGCGAAACCAACAGGCAGUAGAAAUGGCUCGGAGGCAUCGGCAGACAAGGAAGAGAAGGAAGAAGUGGCUUUGGAGUAUGGUUGGUAUCACCAUUGCCUUUGGCACCGCUGCGAUCAUGUGGUCUUACAUUCCUCAUGCUCACUGCAGGGAAGUUGAACAAGAGCAGCAGGUUGUGGAUUUACAAAUGCAAGAAUAGAGCUGAAUAUUUGUGCAUCUUCCUAAAGAAAAGCAAACUUGAGAUUCAUCCCUCCUUUGCCUUAUCUUUGCCCUCCUCAAAUAAUAGUUUGUAAUCAUGUAAUAUUUGUGAGAAAUAAUUGGAGGAUGGAGGGCUACAAAAAUUUGUUUGCAGUGUGGCAGUAAGUAACAAGAAAGGAGGGUUCUUGUAUAGUCAAUAACAGGGGGAAGGUAUUUUCUUAUCUCCUUCCUGUUUGUUGUGCUCUACAUAUUUCUAAUAAAGGGAUGUGAUGCAUAUACUUGAAUAAAAUAAUUGUUUUUAGAGA